CGACUCCCGCUCUGGCACCCACAACAUGUACAAGGAAUUCCGAGAGCUAUCCCGAGUUGAUGCUGCCCAGGCCUGCUACCAAGACAUGGCCUCCCGUCACCGUGCUCGAUUCCGCUCCAUCCAGAUUCUCCGAAUUGCCGAGAUCGAGAAGGCCUCUGAUGUCCGACGUCCCAACAUCAAGCAACUCCUUGUUCCCAAGCUUCGAUUCCCAUUGCCUCACCGCGUCGUCAAGUACCGAAGCAAAUUCCUUGCCACAAGACCCUCAACUUUUUACUAA